AUGAUCAGACCUUCUUCUUUACUAAACUCCACCAAGUCCUUCAACUCUGUGAUUAACCAUUUCUCAUCUCAUGGCGAUCACCACCAAGUUCUCUCCACUUUCUCUUCCAUGCUCGCCAAUAGACUCCAACCUGACACUUUCACUUUCCCUAGUCUUCUCAAAGCCUGCGCUUCUCUCCAGCUCCUCUCUUUCGGUUUCUCCAUUCACCAGCAGGUUCUCGUUAAUGGGUUCUCUUCAAAUUCCUACAUUUCGUCUUCACUCGUCAGUCUCUACUCUAAAUUCGGACGCUUGGCUCAUGCUCGGAAAGUGUUCGACGAAAUGCGUGAGAGGGAUUUGGUACACUGGACUGCAAUGAUCGGGUGUUACUCACGCGCCGGAGUUGUCGGAGAAGCGUUUUCUUUGGUUAACGAGAUGAGACAUCAGGGGAUUAAACCGGGUCCGGUUACGUUAUUGGAAAUGCUGAGUGGAGUUUCGGAGAUUACUGAGUUACAAUGUUUGCAUUCCUUUGCGGUGAUUCAUGGAUUUGAUUGUGAUAUAGCUGCGAGGAACUCUAUGUUGAAUUUGUACUGCAAGUGCGAUUGUGUUGGAGAUGCUAAGGAUUUGUUUGACCUAAUGGAGAAACGAGAUAUGGUUUCAUGGAACACAAUGGUUUCAGGAUUUGCAAUUGCUGGUAACAUGACUGAAAUUUUGAAGCUUUUGUGCAGAAUGAGAAGAGAUGAUGAUGGUUUUAGACCUGACCAGCAGACAUUUGGAGCAUCACUUUCCGUCAGUGGAACAAUCUGUGAUCUUGAAAUGGGAAAAGUGUUACACUGCCAAAUUGUGAAAGCUGGUUUCGAUGUAGAUAUUCAUCUAAGGACGGCGUUGAUGACGAUGUACCUAAAGUGUGGUGAAGAGGAAGCUUCGUUUCGAGUUCUUGAAACGAUUCUUGAUAAGGAUGUUGUUUGCUGGACAGUGAUGAUAUCAGGACUUGUGCGGUUGGGUAAAGCGGAGAAGGCUCUGGCUGUGUUCUCGGAGAUGUUAGAUUCAGAGUCAGAGCUGUCGAGUGAGGUCAUAGCUAGUGUUGUAGCAGCUUGUGCUCAGUUAGGUUCCUUUGAUCUCGGAGCGUCAGUCCAUGGCUAUGUACUGAGGCGAGGAUGUAAACUAGACACUCAUGCGUUGAACUCUCUCAUCACAAUGUACGCAAAGUGUGGCCAUUUGGAGAAAAGUUUACUUCUUUCUGAAAUGAUGGUUGAGAGAGACUUAGUUUCUUGGAAUGCAGUUAUCUCCGGGCAUGCUCAGAACGGAGAUCUGUGUAAGGCCUUGUUGUUGUUUGAAGAAAUGAAGUUCGAAGCCGAGCAGAGAGUUGAUUCAUUGACUGUUGUCUCGCUUUUACAAGCCUGUUCAGCAGCUGGAGCUCUCCCUGUAGGGAGACUGAUCCACUGCAUUGCAGUUAGAAGUUUCAUCAGGCCGUGUACAUUGGUUGAUACGGCUCUGGUUGACAUGUAUGCGAAAUGUGGCUACUUAGAAGCUGCACAGAGGUGUUUCGACUCGAUCUUAAGGAAAGAUUCUGUCUCAUGGGGCACACUCAUUGCAGGGUAUGGUUUCAAUGGUAAAGGAGACAUUGCUUUGGAGAUUUACUCAGAGUUUCUUCGCUCUGGAAUGGAGCCGAACCACGUGGUUUUUCUAGCGGUUCUCUCGUCUUGCAGCCAUAACGGAAUGGUUCAGCGAGGUUUGGAGAUUUUCAGUUCAAUGGGAAGAGAUUUUGGUGUUGAGCCGAACCAUGAACAUCUUGCUUGUGUGGUUGAUCUUCUAUGUCGAGCUAAAAGAGUAGAAGAAGCGUUCGAGUUCUACAAAGACAACUUUACAAAACCGUCGAUCGAUGUCUUGGGGAUAAUACUUGAUGCUUGUCGUGCAAAUAGGAAAACAGAGGUCGAAGAUGUGAUAUGUCGGGAUAUGAUCGAGUUGAAGCCAGUAGAUGCUGGUCAUUACGUUAGGCUUGCACAUUCUUUUGCUGCGAUGAAGAGAUGGGACGAUGUGAGUAAGUCGUGGAGUCAGAUGAGGUCUCUCGGCUUGAAAAAGCUCCCAGGAUGGAGCAAGAUUGAGUUGAGUGGUAGAAUCACAACGUUCUUCAUGAAUCAUACUUCACACUCAGAUGAGUCAGUGUCUGUGUUGAAACUUCUUAGCAAGGAAAUGAAGCAAAUCCAAUACAUUACUUAA